GCUCAACACACGUAGCGUUUAUAGUUCAAAACUCAGUAAUCUUACUUCCUGGACCUGUUCUACCAUUACUAGUACGUCCACCAAGCGCAAUACAAGCUGUGAGCUUGAGGACAACGAACGACUAUUGGCAGUAUUGCGCUGAGACUGAAAAAGAAAGCAGUCGUUCAUACGGAAGUCAUGGGAACUCGACGUUGCCUGCUGUGCUGCACGAAGGCACUGUUCGCAGCGACACUGAUUUUUGCUGCCGCCAGUACAGCCUUUGCAGCAAUCCUGGCAGAUUCCCACAACGACUAUCGUUUGCAGCGCUGCUCAGAAGUCAACGUCACCUGCUCAGCAUGGCUGGAAGAGGUCCAUCCCCGACAUAUUCUCAUCAUCGAUAGUCUCCUGCCGUCCUUACUGGGGUCUGGCCUUGUUAUGCUGGCAGCUCUGGUGUCACUCCGGCAACGUCAAGAGCACACGGCUCUCACCAUUCACCUGGUGGCACUUCCCGUCCUCGUGUUGGCCAUUGGCUUCACCAGCAAAGCACUACGCACCUAUGAAUCCAACAAUUUACAAACUGAUGUAUACAUGUCACUACAUCAUAUCCUUUACUGUGGUGUGCUGUAUGCUACUGUCUUUAUGUUCGUGAUUUCUAUUGUGAUACUGGCGCUGAAGCAACACCAGGAGGAGGGUGGAAUGCUGUUCUCGACCCCGGCACCCGCUACACUUCGCCGAGCUAACAGCUGUGAGAUUGUACGGACACGCAAUCCUUCCAAUGCUCGCUCUCCCAUCCUGGCGCCGAAGAACCCAACCAACGCGGGUAGCCAAGGCAAUGGAAGCAGCUCUGCGCCUACAUCUGCCGCCAGCACCCGGCCGGGCUCGAGAGUGGCGUUGCUUAGCAACCAAGCCGGCAUGGCAACCCGUGUCCCGGCGACCAGCAUGGAGUCAGUGCUGUACUGUGUGCGCGAGUCGAACGAUGAGCACGUUGCUGGACGUGAGCAUGAGCAUCGCAAAGAGAGCUUUGUGAUGAUGAGUGACACGCUGAUCAGUGGAGCUGCUGGUGGUGCUGGUAGCCACACCGCCGGACCCAGCGCUGCUCCGAUCAGCAGCAGUCCAGUUACAAACGCCUCUCUACUGAAAAUGGAGAAGAUAUCACGCCGGUCCUUCCCGCCCCCUCCCGGCACGCCUAGCGAGUCGGCAUGGUAAGGGAUCACAUUCGCCGCAGAACAAGAAACCUUUCCGUACAUGACUGCCCGUGUUGCAUUGUUUGAAGUUCAGCACAACAACUUUUCCAUGCAUUGUGCUGCAUCUAUGUGGCCUGAUAGCUGUGGUGAUGCUAGCUAUUGUAUAGGGGGUAUUGUGGGUUUUUUCCACUGCUUGUAAUUAUAGCAUAAGUUUAUUGCACUGAUUCACCCAUGCAGUCCACCCAGUAUGCUAGUAUCAUCAUGAUGAAGUACUGUAUACAGUUAUCUCCAGCUUAUGCAGCUAUGUACAGGAAAUAGUGCAUAGGCGCUAGGCUAGGCAAGUGCAGUGUGUUCUGCCAAACUUCAACUAUACACAUGAUACAUGUAUACUAUUUAUACCGUUUUACACAUCCCGCUAGCAUUAUAAUACAAGUAGUUAGAACAGCAAAGCUACAAGUACAAUGUAGUAGGCAGUUGUUAUGAGCUGUGUACAUAAUUACGAUCACACAUGUCCAUCAUCCACGGCGUGCCGCAAGCUUUGUAUCGAUAAGUUCUGCUUUCUCCACCGGCGGAAGGGUUACACUGGCACUGUAGAUUGUAUGCUGUUAGUAGCCACACGUGCAUGCAUUGCCGGUUUCCGUGUUUGUCCUCACUCGGCAAUAGGUCUUAUCAUGCCUUUAUUAUAAUUAUCAUAGAUACGUUUUUGGGCCGGUAUUUUUAGGGACUCUCGGAACUCAGGGACGUUUAGUCGACCAGACAUCCUCCCAAGACAUUUCACACAUGCUCCACGAUGCACUACAGGAUCAUCAUGCAUGAUUGUCCUGUGACGUAGUCAUUGACUGAGUCAUUGACUGAGUCUGUGCCAAGAGCAGAUGCUGCCAUCGACACGAAGAUGGAUUUUUCUCGUGCGCAAAAUGUUAUUGCAAUGUUUUUGUAUAUGGACCGAAAACGUUCGGAUACUUUAUGCCAAAUGCCUUAUUUGACUGGAUGUGUGUUUGCGUGGAUACUUGCGACCUAAUACUUACCUUCGUUUUAUUAUCCGCCUCCGACCUCUUUUAAAAAUAAUUUAUUAUACAUUGUAGUUUUGUGUUCUAACUAAUUACUUCAAUCUGCAUGAAUGCCAUUGAAUGGUCUGCGUGACAGACUGACACUGUGA